CGCAUGUCAUCGCUUUCGACAUGCCAGGCUUCGGUCUCACACGGAGAGGACCAGCACUUGCCACCUACGACCCUUCGCCUCUCCUCCUCCAGCUCCUCCAGCUCCAGGGCUUCGCAGCUCGCAACCUCCCUGUGGUUCUCGUCGGGCACUCGCUCGGGGGUCUGGUGGCCGCCAACUUCCUCCUCGCUCACCCGACGCUCGUCGACAGCCUCGUCCUCGUGGCUCCAGCCAUAGUAGCGCAUGAGAAAGCUCCUGCAGCAGCCGAGGGAAGAGGAGGAGGAGCACCAGCACCAGCACCAGCAGCAGGAAGAGGAGGUCCGGCUCGCCUCCUGCGAUUGCCUCAGCUUGUAGUCAAGGUGGUUCGGGUGGUGACUUCCUCCUUGGCGGCGUAUCUCACUCAGGUUCUCUCCCCUUCGUGCCGGAGCUGAUGGAGGCGAUGGUGAAGAAGAUCGAGAGGCUCCUGGAGGCAUCGCAGGGGGAGAUGCUGUUCGUCGUCGUCGUGCCGGCAUGGAAGGAGCUUCCCUUCUGGAAGCUUCUCACGUCCUCUGCCUGGUCUUGCGGACACGUCUGCAUCACAAGAGCCAGUGAGCAUGGUUUCUGUGACGGUGCGCAGCACCAGCGGAGGCCGUCAGAACGAUACAGGCCGAGCAGCUUCGACAGCGGACUUUUCAUCUUGCUCAACGGCAUUGCGAAGGAGAGGUGGACGAGUGAGAAGCUGAAAGAAAUCUUAACGCGUUUCAAAGAAGCCAUGAGUGGAGCCAAGGGUGACUUGACCAGCAUAGAGGCGUAUGAGAAGAGAGUUCGCAAGCUGAAAUGAAACUUUACACAUG